AUGGCUGACUCUAAGUUAAAGGCUGCUAUUCUGGUUGUUUCUGAUACUGCCUCUCGGGAUCCUUCAACGGAUGAAGCGGGGAAUGUUUUGACGGAGACAUUCGCCGUUGAUGGAGGGCACAAUUGGCAUACCCCUGUGACGGUAAUCGUCCCGGAUAAUGUCCAAGAAAUCCAACGGCAGGUCCUCUCUUGGACAGAUACGGAGAAUUAUUUUAACCUUGUAAUUACGACGGGAGGGACUGGAUUUGCUGUCAAGGAUAAUACCCCCGAGGCUGUAUCACCCCUUAUCCAUCGACAUGCCCCUGGGAUUGUCCAUGGCAUGCUGGCCGCAUCUCUAGCCGUGACACCCUUUGCUAUGAUGUCCAGACCUGUAGCAGGUGUGCGGAAUAAGUCAUUGAUGAUAACUCUACCUGGUUCACCAAAGGGAGCAAAAGAGAAUCUCCAAGCCGUUAUUAAGCUUCUCCAUCAUGCCUGCAUCCAGGCUGCCGGUGCUGAUUCCAGAACCAUUCAUGCCGGUGGCAUUCAGAAGCUAGAGAAAGAAGCUGGCAUCACCCACGGUUCUACCGGUCCGCCCGAAGAUAAAUCCCAUUGCCAUCACCAUCACCAUCAUCAUCAUGGCCACAACCAUGGUCAUGUUGUGCCACAACCUCAUACAAUACCUGCGGACCGUCCUCAAUCAAAUGAUCCCAAUGCAGGGCCCCCCAGGCGAUACCGUGAAUCCCCAUAUCCUAUGCUUUCAGUGGAAGAAGCUCUCAAAAUUGUUAUUGGAAAAACACCAGGACCAACCGUUAUUGAAAUUCCAGUGGACAUCUCUCUUGUCGGAUCUGUCAUCGCGGAAGAUAUUUAUGCAUCCGAAGCAGUUCCGGCAUAUCGAGCAAGUAUUGUGGAUGGCUAUGCUGUUAUUGCAUCUCCACAUAAGGCAGAUGGUACAGGGAGCACAAAAGGAAAAUUUCCUGUAGCAUCAGUGUCUCACGCACAAGCAAAUUCUAUGCCACCGCCAUUGAAACCGGGGGAAAUCGCACGGAUAACUACCGGGGCUCCACUGCCCGAGAAUGCAAAUGCAGUUGUCAUGGUGGAAGAUACAGUCCUGAUAUCUACCACCCCUGACGGCAGUGAAGAGUCUGUUGUGGAAAUCUUAACAGGUGACAUCAAAAUUGGAGAAAAUGUUCGCGAGGCUGGCAGCGACGUCGCUCUAGGAUCCAAAAUACUUCAAAAGGGUGACCUGGUUACUGCAGUUGGAGGAGAGAUCGGUCUUCUCGCAUCGACUGGAACCCGAACUGUCAAGGUAUUCAAGAAGCCCCGCAUUGGAGUCCUUAGCACCGGUGAUGAACUUGUCAACCAUUAUGACACCACCCCUCUCCAUGGCGGGCAGAUUCGUGACUCAAACCGCCCUUCCUUAUUGUCAUGUCUUACCGCCUGGGGCUUCCCAGCAGUCGACCUGGGGAUUGCAAAGGACACACCGGCAGGGCAUCUGGAACAGUGUCUGCGCGACGCUCUCCGAGGCAACCCGAAGACACCAAGUGUCGACAUCAUAAUAACGACCGGGGGCGUAUCCAUGGGUGAGCUGGACCUGCUUAAGCCCACCAUCGAGCGCCAACUGGGAGGCACAAUCCAUUUCGGUCGGGUAUCAAUGAAACCAGGUAAACCCACGACCUUCGCAACCGUCCCAUUCAAACCUGCCGUAUCUUCCACGGAUCCCACAGCACAGUCUGAGCGGGAGAUGAAACUGAUCUUUUCCCUUCCCGGAAACCCUGCUUCUGCGCUGGUUACACUGAAUCUAUUCGUUCUCCCCUCACUGCACAAGAUGACUGGUCUGGGCAUAAGGAGCCAGCAACAAAGGGACUACAAAUCUCAUCUCGGCCUCCCAAUUGUUACCGCAACUCUGACACAUACGAUUCCCCUCGAUCCCAAACGUACAGAGUACCAUCGGGCCAUUGUAACGGCGUCGAGGGUAGAUGGCAGCCUGCUUGCCACUAGUACUGGGUUGGGAGGUCCUGGCGCUGGUGUGGGACAACGCAGUUCACGCGUUGGAAGUUUGGCUGGUGCGAAUGCACUGUUGGUACUUGAGCCUGAUAUUGGGGUAGCAUCCAAGGGAAAGAAGGUGCAGGCUUUGUUAAUGGGAAAUGUUGUUCCAGAAUAG